CAUGCCCGAGCCGCCGGCCGCAGCGCAGGACGGCGAGCGGCCCCGGCGGGGCCCGGCCGCGGAGGAGCGAGCGGAACCGGCGGCCCCCACCGGCGUCCUGGAUAAACUCUUCGGGAAGCGGCUGCUCCAGGCCGGGCGCUACAUCAUGUCCCACAAGGCCUGGAUGAAGACGGUGCCCACGGAGAACUGCGAUGUGCUCAUGACAUUCCCGGACACCACGGAUGACCACACGCUGCUGUGGCUGCUGAACCACAUCCGCCUGGGCAUCCCCGAGCUCAUCGUGCAGGUGCGGCACCACAAGCACACGCGCGCCUACGCCUUCUUCGUCACCGCCACCUACGAGAGUUUGCUGCGCGGGGCGGACGAGAUCGGGCUGCGGAAGCCGGUGAAGGCGGAGUUCGGGGGCGGCAUGCGCAGCUUCUCGUGCGAGGAGGAUUACAUCUACGAGAACAUCGAGAACGAGCUCGGCUUCUUCACCUCGCAGGAGCGGCAGAACAUCAUCAGGUACUGGCUGGAGAACCUGCGGGCCAAGCAGGGAGAGUCCCUGCACAACAUCCACUUCCUCGAAGGACAGCCCAUCAUCCCGGAGCUGGCCGCACGGGGGGUGAUCCAGCAGCUCUUCCCGCUGCACGAGCAGAGGAUCCUCAAGCGCCUGAUGAAGUCCUGGGUGCAGGCGGUGUGCGAGGCGCAGCCCCUCGAUGACAUCUGUGACUAUUUUGGGGUGAAGAUCGCCAUGUACUUCGCCUGGCUGGGCUUCUACACCUCGGCCAUGGUGUACCCGGCCGUCUUCGGCUCCAUCCUCUACACCUUCACCGACAGCGACCAGUUGGUGCCAUCCGUCCCCCAGACCAGCCAGGACAUCUCCUGCGUGGUCUUCGCCAUCUUCAACGUCAUCUGGGCCACGCUGUUCCUGGAGGAGUGGAAGCGCCGCGGCGCCGAGUUCGCCUACAAAUGGGGCACGCUGGACACCCCCGCGGAGUCCAUCGAGGAGCCCCGGCCCCAAUUCCGGGGGAUGAAGCGGAUCAGCCCCGUGACCAGCGCGGAGGAAUUUUAUUAUCCCCCCUGGAAGCGGCUCCUGUUCCAGAGCCUCGUCAGCCUCCCCGUCUGCCUCGCCUGCCUCUGCCUCGUCUUCCUCCUCAUGCUCGGCUGCUUCCAGCUCCAGGAGCUGGUGCUGAGCAUCCCGGAGCUGCCGCGCAUCCUCCGCUUCCUGCCCAAAAUCAUCCUGGCCGUCAUUGUCACCGCCUGUGACGAGCUCUACAAGAAAGUGGCCUUGUGGCUCAAUGACAUGGAGAAUUAUCGGCUGCAGAGCGCCUACGAGAAACACCUCAUCAUCAAAAUCGUCCUGUUCCAGUUCGUCAAUUCCUACCUGAGCCUUUUCUACAUCGGAUUCUACCUCAAGGACAUGGAGCGGCUCAAGGAGAUGCUGGCCACGCUGCUGAUCACGCGCCAGUUCCUGCAGAACGUGCGGGAGGUGUCGCAGCCCCACCUGUACCGGCGCCUCCACCGCGGCGACCUCAACCUGCGCAGCCUCCGCCAGCUCGCCCACGCCCUGCUCUGCCUGCUCGCCCCGCGGCGACCCCCGCAAGCCCCUGCCGAGGGGUCCCGGGGCGAGAAGAAAUGUCUGAACGGAGGGUGCGGGGUGCCGGAGGAGGAGGAGGAGGAAGAGGAGGAGCGGCGCGGCUCGGACUCGGAGGAGGAGAGCGCGCUGGACUGCGGGCUGAAGCUGAAGAAGGUGAGCUUCAUCGAGCGUGGCGAGCGGCGAGCCGAGCCCGCUGGCCCCGAGGACGAGCCUUUCCUCGAGGAGGGCAGCCCCACCAUGGUGGAGAAGGGCAUGGACCCCGCCGCCGUGUUCGAGCUGUGCGAGGAGGAGGACGAGGCCGAAGGAGCGCCCGGGAGCCCCGCGAGGGCGGCGACGGAGCCGGCGGGGCUGGCGAGGGUGGCGAGGAGGAGGAGGGAGGAGGAGGAGGGAGAGGAGGAAGGGAGGAAGCGCAACCGCGCGUCCUGGAUCGACCCCCCCGAGGAGGAUUACUCCACGCAGCUGACGCAGGCCGAGGUGGAGAGCUGCAUGAAGAAGUACGAGGACACCUUCCAGGACUACCAGGAGAUGUUCAUCCAGUUCGGCUACGUGGUGCUGUUCUCCUCGGCCUUCCCGCUGGCCGCCAUGUGCGCCCUGGUCAACAACGUCAUCGAGAUCCGCAGCGACGCCUUCAAGCUCUGCACGGGGCUGCAGAGACCCUUCGGCCAGCGCGUCCAGAGCAUCGGCCAGUGGCAGAAGGUGAUGGAGGCCAUGGGUGUCCUGGCCAUCGUGGUCAACUGUUACCUGAUCGCCCAGUGCGGGCAGCUGCAGAGGCUCUUCCCGUGGCUCAGUCCCGAGGGAGCCAUCGUGUCCGUGGUGGUGCUGGAGCACUUCGCCCUGCUCCUGAAGUACGUCAUCCAGGUGGCCAUUCCCGACAUUCCCGCCUGGGUGGCCGAGGAGAUGGCCAAGCUGGAGUACCAGCGCCGCGAGGCCUUCAAGAAGCACGAGCGGCAGGCCCAGCACCACUUCCAGCAGCAGCAGCGCCGCAAGCGCGAGGAGGAGGAGCGGCAGCGCCACGCGGAAUUCCAGGCGCGCAAGGAGCGCGAAUCCAGCCGGGACGAGCCCACCAAGCCCGAGGCCACCGGGCAGGACCCGGCGCACGACAAAAACCCAGGAAAAGGGAAAAGCUCCGGCGGCUCCUCCUCGCACGGCCCCGACAAGCCCAAGAGGCCCAGCUCGCUGCUGGCCACCAACAACGUGAUGAAGCUCAAGCAGAUCAUCCCCCUGCAGGGCAAAUUCCUGUCCGGUGGCACCGCCGCGGGUGGCACCGCCACCGCCCGCUCGCCGCAGUCACCGACGGGCAGCGAGAACAAACUGCCGGGAUUCCUGAGCUUCAAAUUCCUCAAAUCCCCCGAGACUAAGCGGGACGCGGGCACCGAGAAGGUGCAGUCGCCCACCAAGCCCUUCAACCCCGGCAAGCUGUUUAAUUUCGGCAAGUCCGAAGGGCUCGGUGCCAACGGGGGCACUGCCGGAGCGUCCCCGCAGCCCCGGGCAGGGCCCUCGGCGGACGCGGUGCCCGGGAAGGCGCAUCUCAACGAGGAAGGGGCACGGGAGGAGCAGGAGAGCCGGGCGGAGGAGGAGGGCGGCGGUGCCCGGCUCUGA